GCCCCGGGGACGCCCGGCCCCUGCCGCGCAGCGCUCCCGGGGCCGCUGGCGCUGAUGUCCUGGGGUCCCGGCCCCAAGGCCCCUGCCCACCCGUAGAGCCCCUCGGGAGUCCCCCCGCCUCCCGGGGUCGGGCCCCGCCGCCGGGGCGGGGACGGGCGGAGCGGCCGCAGCACCUCCCGCCCGGGAGCGGUUCCGGGUCGCGCAGGCGGGGUCUGCGGCGGCACCGGGGACCGGCGGCGACAUGCGGUUCCGCUUCUGCGGGGACCUGGACUGUCCCGACUGGGUCCUGGCCGAGAUCAGCACCCUGGCCAAAAUCUCCUCGGUGAAGCUGAAGCUGAUCUGCGCCCAGGUGCUGCGGGACCUGCUGGGGGAGGCCAUCGAGUAUGAGAAGAUCCUGAAGCUGACCUCGGAUGCCAAAUUAGAGUCAGGAGACGUGAAGGCGACCAUCGCUGUCCUCGGCUUCAUCCUCUCCAGUGCCGCCAAGCACAAUGUGGAUAGCGAGUCCCUGUCGAGUGAGCUGCAGCAGCUGGGGCUGCCCAAAGAGCACGCCAGCGGGUUGUGCCGCUCCUACGAGGAGAAGCAGAGCUCCCUCCAGGACAGCCUCAGGGCCUGCAGCCUAAGACUGAGCCAGCUGGGCUCGGUGUCCUGGCGGGUGGAUUAUACCCUCAGCUCCAGCGAGCUGCGGGAAGUCAAUGAGCCCCUCGUGCAUCUGAACUUCAACGUGUGGGAUGGGGAGCACGGGAGGACAGCCACCAUCCCCAUGGCCCUCUCGGCUGACAAGUUCCGAGUGCUGCUGGCAGAGCUGAAGCAGGCGCAGGCCCUGAUGAGCACCCUGCUCUGAGUAGCCAGAAGAGGCGAUGGUGGGAGGUGCCGACGCUGGAUCACAGGGCAGGACCUGCUGCGCCCAACCAGGCACAGCUGGGGAAGGGAAAAGCGGGGGCAGCUUUCCCAGCCCUCGCUGCGGCGCCCGGGGCGAGCCUGUCCCCGGGGGACACUCCAAUAAAGAUAACGGUGACCAA